AUGCCGGUUUCUGAAAGUUCCUUGUCAUCAGGGCCACUGGAGCAGUACGACUCGCUUAUAUCAGUGCGUGGCAAACAGCAUUUCUGCCGGCUGUGCCCCUACGUGACUGAGCUCAAGUCAAGGAUGCAAAGACACCUGCGCAUACAUACUGGCGAGCGCCCCUUCAAGUGCCACCUCUGCCCUAAGGCGUUCAAUGUUGGUUCCAACUUCAGGCGGCAUGUCCGCACCCACACAGGCGAGCGCCCAGUCAAGUGUCGCUUCUGCCCGAGAGCAUUCCGUGACAGUUCGAGCCUGAAGAGGCCCCUCCAACUGCCCCGGAAAAAGAAGGCUGGCUUUGUGCCAGCCACAGGGCCAGCAGUCAAAGGAAGUUCAUCAUUGGCAGGGAACCCUGUCGCUCAUGUCCGUGCACAGCUGGCUGCAUUCCUGUCAUCUGUGCACUUAGAAGUCCGCGAGGAAGUCUGA